AUGGGCAACUUCCACGAGAGCUCUUCCAACAUCUGGCUCGAGGAUGGUCACAUCCUUCACGCCAACUGUGGCAACGGUGAUGGCGAUGAGGUCGAGUCUACUCUUGACCUUGACUACUACAUCGGUAACAGCGACGGUGCUUUCGAGUGGGGUGGUGAGAACUUCUCCGGUUCUGCUUCCGAUAUCUCUCUUGAGAUGGAGGGCGAUGGUCAACCUAUCCUCCGCGCCCAGUUGAACCCCAUGGACGGUGACCCUGUCGAUGCCGACCUCAACCUUGCAGAGCGCAUUGGCAACGACUGCGGCACUCUUAUCUUCCUUGCUUAA